UUUUUUUUAGAGCUCUAAAAAUGCCUGAGCCAGCGAAGUCCGCUCCAGCGCCCAAGAAAGGCUCCAAGAAGGCGGUGACCAAGGCGCAGAAGAAGGACGGCAAGAAGCGCAAGCGCAGCCGCAAGGAGAGCUACUCCGUGUACGUGUACAAGGUGCUGAAGCAGGUCCACCCGGACACCGGCAUCUCGUCCAAGGCCAUGGGCAUCAUGAACUCGUUCGUCAACGACAUCUUCGAGCGCAUCGCGGGGGAGGCGUCUCGCCUGGCGCAUUACAACAAGCGCUCGACCAUCACGUCCCGGGAGAUCCAGACGGCCGUGCGCCUGCUGCUGCCCGGGGAGCUGGCCAAGCACGCCGUGUCCGAGGGGACCAAGGCCGUCACCAAGUACACCAGCUCUAAAUAAGCCUGCCAAGAGGAGCAAACAGACUUCUGACAUAUCUUUUCUACACUUGUCACUACUGGACACUGUUUCAUCUUACAAAAAAGACAAUGAAAAUGAGUGAUACUACAAGAAGAUAAACAGC